AUGGGACGUAUCCCUAAGAUCGUGAGAGAAAAAGCCAUAGAAGAACAUCAUCAACAGCAGCGACAACAACAGUACUCUUUAAAUGGAAAAAAUGCGAAAAAUAAUGAUCCUAAGCAGACCAAUAAAUCAGAAGACGACAGUUUAUUCAAUCAAUCAUUAAUAAACGCACAUGAAUCAUUAUCUGGGACAGUAUAUGACCAAUGCCAAAAUACCGCUUCUGACGUUCAAUUAUCAACGGACACUAUGCUACACUCUUAUCAAUUUGAACCGACAUUUCAAUCGAGUAACGCAUACUCAAAUUUAUUUGAAUCAACAUCAUCUCACAUGACCAGUGAAACAUUUUUAUCAGAUAAUUUUUGUAUUAAUGAAAAGAAUAAAAUUGAAAUGAAUCAUCAAAUUAAUUAUGUUCAACGAAUUGUUAAAUUAAAUACAUCGGCAUUAACAAACUAUAUGACAAAUUGUGAUGAACAUUUUUCAACAAAUGUUCCCGAACGAAUGAAAACUAUUGUAUCGAAACUAUUAAAACCAGAGUUAUUUACAGAAUUGAAUUAUGAAGAAUCAACAUUUAUACGUUAUUUAAGAUGGAAAAUGUUUGACUUAUGUUCAUCAUAUAAUAUACAAGAAUAUCCUGGUAAUAAUUCGUCGAUUGUAGAGAUUUGGGCUGGCCUCACAGAUGCCAUACCGUAUCAUGUUAAGAAUUUGAUCGCCUUUGCUAAAGAGAUGCCAGGUGUAACGGACUUGUGUUCACAAGAUUUUCAUAGAAUAAUGAAUAAUCGUUUAUUUGACUUUUGGCUGAUAAAACACGCCCCAUUAAUUCGAAAUAACGAAUCGUAUAUGAUGUUACCUAACGGUUUACAAUAUACACGAGCAUGGAUGAUUCAAAUUAUUGGCGAAGAAAUGGUAAAAACAAUGUUUGAAUUUGCAGAAAAGUUCAACCAUCUAAACUUAACACAAGAAGAACAUGCGUUGAUAUUUCCUGUUGUGAUUUGCACUAAUGAUAAAAGUCUGUAUGAUCAAGACACGGUUCGAAUUGUACAAUAUUGUUAUUUAUACACAUUAUUUGUUCAAAUGUGUACAACUAGAACAGAUCAUGAAUCGAAAAAUCUUUUUCACAAUUUAUCAGAAGUAGUAUUUGAUUUUUUACCAUUACUAAAUGAAUUACAGGAUAAAUUAGAUCAUAUUGGUCCACUUGUAUCAUUACCACAAAAACAAGAGUAUAUGUUUGGUGUAAAUUUGAUUGAAACAGCGAUUGGUAAAAAAUAG